AUGUCUUCGACCAAUUUGGAUCACAAUCAUUACGCCCGGCUUCCACUUCGCCAUGACGGAUCAACCCCGUCGUCCGCUGAUGGCUCAUCGUCCUAUCCGUUCCCUGCCCAUCUACCCGCUGUCAACAACGCCUAUCCCCAGCCAUCCUCGCCGCCGCCCACCAGUCCUCUUCCGCCGAUACCCUCAGCGGUUCAUGUGCGGACAGCAUCAGCUCAGCCACAGCGUCCAAUAAUCGACACAAACAUCAGGAGUAAUCCGCUGGAUUCUCAUUUCGGUGCCAUCGCGGCGGGUCUUCGACGCGAUGACAAUUCUCCGGAUCCUCACGAAUUCUAUCGAGACUCGUCCUUUUUACAACACGAUAAUCAUUUUGACAACCAUUUUGCCGAACGGCAACACCGCCCGCCACUGUUUGGGGAGCUGCUUCUCAAUUUAGGUUAUCCGCCUGCUGGGCUGCCAUAUGGCGAUGCACCGCGCAGAUAUCGCAGAGGGUCCGAAGGGAGCAUGCACAGUCCGAACCCUGUGUUUUCGUCUGGAAGAAGAAGUCCUCUUGAUAUUGUGUCUCCGUCCUCUCCUACUGCUUGGUAUCUGGGAGUGACCCCUUCACUCGAAGGCGUGGACAACAUGUCGAGACGACCUCAGCGCCCCAGUGCUCACCACCGAAGAGCUCGAAGCGACUUUACCGGCAUACCGGCCAUCCCGCCAACUUCAAGUCAAGCCCAUUUACAUGCUUCGCAUUUAUCGCCGACAAAUGGGUCAAAGCACCCUAUCAGCCCUACAAACCCAAAGAGAGGCCGCAGCCAGCAAUCCAAGAUACCAUUGAGCACGCGCCGGCUCAGUUCGGCGACCAACUCGGGAGGCUCAUCUCCAUCCACUCGACGGAGUUCUCUGGCAGAGAAUUCUCCCAUUCAUCGUUUCUCGCCACCAAAAGGUAUCAGUGGUAUACCGAGGCCUACUGGAAAACCCGCAACUUCAUCCGAUCAGCCGGCUCUCCCGCCUCCGCAAACAGUGCGAUCUCGCCAUGACAACCCGAAGAAAGACCCCGGUGGUAAUGCGCGUUUGAAAGUCUAUGUGUCUGCUCCACCUCCAAAAAAAUCACCUCCACUGCGCAGUUCGCGCCCAAGGAUGCCUGUAUCUGCAGCAUCUACUGUGGCAUCCCGUGCCAAAGUUGCUGAUCGAUUCUUAUCAAACGUCAAUUCGUCGGCUGCUUCCUCGGCCGCGAAAAACAGUAAUGUCCAGCCGAAGAAAAUACCAGAACUAGGGGGCAUCGACCUCGCCGCUCGCAGGGAGAGGAUACAGCGAGCUUUGAGUUCGAGCAUGCGUGAGUUGGACAGAAAUGACCAGAAUAAGGCCAAGAGGUCGGGCUCUAGAACUCCAGAAACUAGAACGAACUCGAGCACGCCCAAUACAGAUCGCGUGGGCCGAGGUGUACUUCGCAAUGGUUCCGAGCAAGAUUCGCAUCAAGAAGCCUUGUCCGAUCCGAUGGAGGCGCAGCCUCAGGUGCAGAACGAGAGCAUCGAUCAGAAGCCUCGCAAUCAUGCCAUUGCUCCAUUGACAUUGACUACGACUGGCCUUCCUCAAGUAUGCGACGAAGAAACAAUGACUCGAGAGACCGAGUUUGAAGAAGACGCGUCUCCCACACUCGGAAUUCCUGACAACCAUGAGGCUUCAUCAGUUUCGCCUGAGCAUAAGUCUCUGCCUCAUCACGAACGAAUGGGACAUUUGAAUAAUAGAGAAGAGAAGGCACGUGUCAAUGAGUACUCUGAGAGCCAAGCAGCUGAGACGGAGAACAAAGAGGAAAGCCAACGCAUGUUUGAUUCAGUCUUGCAAUUGAGAGAUCGUACAUCGCUGGUGUCGUCGGCAGGUGAAGAGUCGAUCCAGAUAAUGCUUGAACAGAUGUCAAAUCUUCCAAAUCAGGAUUCAACUUUGAACGACACUGAUCAACCGGUGCCCGCGACGGAACAUUCUACAAUAUCAAAGCCGCCGAAACUGGUGAACGUCUCGCCUGGUAAUUUGGGAGGAUCGUCAUCGCAGAAAGCAGAAGCCGGCUCCGAUGGAAGGUGUCUCGAAACGACAUCACUUUUGCCAGAAUAUAAUACAGAGACUAGCGGGGGCCAACGCCAGCCAAAGGACCAAACUCCGCACCAAAUUCCCCCCAGCGAUAUUCCCACCCCUGGAACCGGCCGCUGGACUUUGGAUAGUGAUCAGUAUAGUACGAUAAAUCGAGUCCUAGAUGCAUAUCAAGAUUCAACGAGUGUCAGUCCCUUGCUGUUUCAAAAUCUGCAACAGCAACUGCUAUCUGGCUCUCCGGAGAUUGCUCGACAAGCUGGCUGGGACCAGAAGGCAGUUACCCAACUCUAUAUGCAAGGGUUUUCUGGAAAUCGAUGGCGAGAUGCUGCGUCACCGGCAAGACCGCCUAAUUUGAGGCUUGAUAGCCUUGAGAAGCAUGAUUUGCUCUCAACUCCGAUGAUUGCACCGCACGAUGCUUCAAUCACUCCAGCCACGACGACCGAUGCAGAGUGCAGUGAAUCAGACGCAAACUCAACAGGGAUCGGGAAUACCUAUGCGGCGUCUAGCAGUCCAGCUUUAUCAAAGGAAUCUGAGAUGAAGUCACAGCAACCGGCUCGGGAUCCUCAAGAUAGCCCAGCCGAUCCGUACAAACUCUUGCCUGAGCCUUUGUCUGAGCAGGACUGGGGUCUUCUUCAAAACACCUCAUUUUUCCCACUCAUGGAAGGCGAAGAAUCUCCCGAAUACAGGCCUACACCUCCGCCGAAGGACUGGGAGAAUGAACAACCUGCGGUACCUGACAAGAUCUCAUUGGCAAAGGGUGAAUCUGGUCAAAAGCAUGAAACUGCCACGGCUGCGAGAUCAGAGCGGGGUGGACUGUAUUCGUCUCCUUUGGGUUCUACUGGCGCAGGACUGGGUCUUGCGAUCAAUGUGGAAUCAUCGGGAGAUUCACCCACCGUGCCUGCCCUUCCAAACCUAUAUCCACCGCCUCUACCAGCCCAGUCGACGAUGCAAAGUCUGGCAGACCGGUCUGCUACUGCGUUUUCGCCCCCAUCUCCAAGCGUCUAUAGUGAGCAGCCAUCUUCCAACCUAUUGUCGUCUGCGCCUUUUGAGAGUAUUCUGACCGAGAUGCCAACAGUGGAGGAAGGCCUCCCUCCUAUCGAAGACAUGACGACACAACAAGAAAAUGAAUCGAGUCGACCGGGGAGCAGUCAGGAGCAGGUCCUUCGUGACUCUGUGGCAAGCUCCGGACAUGCCAGUUUAUCCUCACCAGAGCACCGUCGCCUUACGAGACGCCGGCUUCUCAUUAAGGAACUUGUUGAUACGGAAUAUUCCUUUAAUCAGGACAUGAAAGUCAUUCAGAGCAUUUAUAAGGAAACCUCAUCAGCAGUGGACAUUCUUACUGCUGAUGACGUCAGAGUCUUGUUCGGAAAUACGGACGAGAUAGUCAUUUUUUCAGAGGGAUUCCUUGAUGCGCUCAAACAGGCCGCCGCAAGUGUUUAUGUCAUGCCCAAGCAGAGUCGCUGGCGCCUCAAAAGUGGAAGUGUGUCUACAGCCAACAGCAGUGUCAUAAACGAAGGUGUUUUAACUGGUGGGCAGGAAUCCACUGAGGAGGAAAAGGAUAGAAAAACUCUUAUCGGAGAAACGUUCAUGCAACACCUCAGUGCUAUGGAAAAGGUGUACGGCGAUUAUUUGAGAAAUCACGAAGCGGCAAACAAAAAGCUGCAGAGCCUCACUCCGCACCCCAAAGUCGCGAUCUGGCUCCGAGAGUGUCACGCCUGCCAUCAAGACAUAACUUCUGCUUGGGAUCUGGACUCACUGCUCGUCAAACCAGUUCAGCGAAUACUAAAGUAUCCGUUAUUACUGCAAAACCUUAUAGGGGAGACUCCGAAGGACCAUCCUGAUUACAAAUCCCUUGAAUCUUCGAUUCGCGAAAUGAAGGACACGUCCCACCGGAUCAACGAAAUGAAACGAAGGGCUGAACUAGUGGAGCAGGUGGUCAGCCGGAAACGAAAAGAUUCUGACGUUCGGGGAGGCUUCUCAAAAGCUAUUGGCCGCCGAACAGAGAAAUUCCGGCAGCAGGUUGGACUGUCAGAUGCUAUUGAGGACAAAGGCUAUGACCAAGUUGUAGCCAAGUUUGGACCUCAUUUCUUCCAGCUCCAUGUGGUGAUUCGAGACGUGGAUUCAUACAUUACUGAUGUGCAAACCUACGUAGACUGCUUUCACAAUUUCGCAUCAGCGCUUGAAGGCAUUCUCGAAGUCAGUCACAUCAACCAUCCUGAGGUGGAGAGGAGAUGGCGAAACUUUGCAAAGGUGGUCAGAGAAAUUUCGACAAUUUCCUUACCCGAACAUCAAAAUGCGGUGCGAAAGAACAUCAUUGAGCCUAUGACAAGUCUGCUUGCCCUUCACGAAGGGCCGCAAAAGGUCAUGCAAAAGCGGAACAAGCGUCUUAUCGACUAUUCUCGGUUCAAAUCGAUAAAAGAUCGAGGGGAUAAACCUGAUAAAAAGACGCAAGAACAAGCCGAUCAGUUCAUGGCGCUUAACGAUGCCCUCAAGGAGGAACUGCCAAAACUCUACAAGCUUACAGCAAACCUCGUUGCGGCAUGUUUGGACAAAUUCGUGCAUCUCCAAGGUCAAUGGCAGACUGAAUGGCAGAGCAGAUUGGAGACAGUUCUUGAACAAAUAAAAUCGCCUGGCCGAAUCUCUGACAUCAUCGACCAAUUCUCUGGAGACUUCUCUUUCACUGAGGCACAGCUUCUCUGCCUCGGUAUAUGCAAUGGCUCAAUGCUUGCUGAGGCAGCCAAUUUCCUAUCACCUUCAACUACGCUCGUCAAUGACGAGUCACGGCGCCCUUCUCUGUAUGGAGGCUCACGAAGUCGCGGGCUGUCCCUCGGAAGCGAUGCGUCGCCGUCUCUGCCACCGCCAGACCUAGGGCAGCGUCACAGCGGAAACUUCAGUCUUUCCCCUAUCCUGGGCCCAUUGACUGGCCAACAAACUGGCUCUCACCUCCUCGGCCAGUCUGCACUCGAGCGUAUGCGAACUGGAUCAAAUUCUUCUGGGUUCUUUACGCCUGCCUCCCCACCACUAGGCAAGCGAUCAUCAUCGGGCACUACAGUUGCUCAGGACCUAGCCCGUCCCACUUUUCCGCGGUCGAGCACAGGCUCCGUCUAUUCCGCAUCACAUCAGGAACAUCCACCGUUGGCGUCUCCCACCCGACUCCUUUCCGAGGUCUUCUCUUCGGCCAUGCCAAUGUCAGACUCUCCUCCCACAUCGCAGCCGACUUCGCCAGUGCAUGCCGAAUCGAGCCAGAGAGAAUUUCGCGUAUUGUUCCUCGCCGCCAGCGUUUAUGAAUUCAACAUUGACCGGGCAAGGCGGGAGGCAGGGUAUCCUUAUUUGACUUAUGUUCCAGGAGAGGUGUUUGAUGUCAUUGCGGAAAAGGGCGAGCUGUGGCUUGCCAGGAAUCAAGACGAUCCGACACAACAGCUAGGUUGGAUUUGGAGCCGUCACUUUGCAAAGCUCACCAAUGAUUAA